AUGGAGGAGGCCAGGUCCAGAGGUGGGGGGGGGGGUGUGGGGUUGGGGGUUUUGGGUGGGUGUGGGGGUGUGUGUGGGGUGUGGGGGGGGGGGGGGGGGGGGGUUGGGGUUUGGUGGGGUGUGUGGGGUGUGGGUGGGUGGGGUGGUGGGGUGGGGUGGGUGGGGGGUUGUGGGGGGGGGGGGGUGGUGUGUUUGGGGUGGGUGGGUGGGUGGGUGGUGGGGGGGGGGGGGGGGGGUGUGGGGGGGUGGUGGGUGGGGGGUGGGUGUGGUUGUUUGGGGGGGUUUUUUGGUGGGGGGGGGGGGGUGGGUGGGGUGGGGGUGGGUGGGGUUGUGGGGGGGGGGGGGGGGGGGGGGUGGGGUGGGGGGGGGGUUUGGGGGUUUUGGGGGUGUUGUGUGGGGGUGGGUGUGGUUUGGGUGGUUGUUGGUGUUUGGGGUUGUGGUUGUGGGGGGGGUGGGUGGGGGGGGGGGGGUUUGUGUUUUGGGGUUGUGUGGUGUGGGUUGGUGGUGUUGUUGGGGUUGGGUUGGGGGUGGGGGGGGGUUGUUGGUGGUGGUGGUGGUUUUGGUGUGGGGGGGGGUGGGGGGGUUGGGGUGGGGGGGGGUGGGGGGGGGUUGGGGGGGGGGUGGUGGGUGGGGGGGUGGUGGGGGGUGGGGGGGGGGGUGGUUGGGGGGGUGGUGUGGGUGGGGGGGGGUUGGUUGGUGUGGGGUUUUUGUGGGGGGGGGGGGUGUGGGGGGGGGGUGGGGUGGGUUUGGGUGGGGGGGGGUUGGGGGGGGGGGGUGGGGGGGGGGGGGGGUGGUGGUGGGGGUUGGGGGGGGGGGGGUGGUGUGGGGGGGGGGGUGGUGGGGUGUGUGUUGGGGGGGGGUGUUUGUGUGUGGUGGUUGUUGGGGUUGUGGGGGGUUUGGUGGGGGUUUGUGGUGGGGUGUUUGGGUGGGGUGGGGUGUGUGGGGUGGGGGGGGGGGUUGGGUGGUGUUGGUGGGUUGGGUGGUGGUGUGGGUGGGUGUUGGGUGGGGGGUGGUGGUGGUUUGGGGGGGGGGGGGGGUGGGGGGGGGGUGGUGUUGUUGGGUGUUGUGUGGGGGUUGGUUGGGGGGUUUUUUGGUGUGUGUUUGGGUUGUGGGGGGGUGGGGGGGUGGGGGUGUGGGGGGUGGGUGUUGGGUGGUGUGGGGUGGUGGUGGUGUGGUUGGUUUGGGGGGGGGGGUGUGUGGUGGUUGUUGUGGUUUUUGUUGGUGGGGUGGGGGUGGGGGUGGGUUGGGGGGGGGUGGUGGUGGUGGUUUGUGGUGGGGGGGGUGGUUGGGGUUUGGGUGGGUGUGGGGUGUGGUGGUUUGUGUGGUGUGUGUGUUGGGGUUGGGUGGGGGUUUGGGGGGGUUGUGGGUUGGGGUGGGUGGUUUGGGGUGGGGGGGGGGGGUGGGGUGGGUGGGGGGGGUUCCUCAACAGCACCACAGUGA